GCAGACGACAAAAAAGUGUUUGAAGAAGAUUGUUGAAUAGCGGUCAAUCAAACAAGUAUAUGACCAUUUUUACGAUUUCUUGCGUCAUAAAAAGUUCUCAAUACGACGUUAUUGAAUGGAAAAUCAAGAAACGUCAAUUAUCGUUGCAUCGAGUAGCUAUUGUUUAUCCAGCUAGUCUAGCCUCUGCCAUCGGGUAUUCUUGUAAGAGAUUCCCUCGAUUUCGACAAUCGUUUGUUAAAUAUAUAGAGAAUUUUGCUGCCAAAGAACCUAUAUGUGCCAUUGACAUAACACUACUUGAAGUUAGAACAGAUUUUAAUAGGAAAUGGGAUGAAAUUGUGGCUAUCACAGCUUUGAAAAGGUAUCAGUUGGAUGAUGCUAUGAAUUGGUUAAAUACUCUGGGAGGCGGUUAUUCAGCAUUAGGAGACUAUUUUAGUUCAUUUGCAAGAAAAGCGGGAGAGAUCUCCCUUUAUCAGCUCAAAGUCGCUCUACUUCUCGGAGACGAAGUAGUCAAGUGUAGAUGCUAUUUGUAUAUGGCCCAGAGUUUUAUGCAGAGAGGUUUAUUAAGACGAUCCAAAUUACUACUCAGGAAACAAUACGAAAUAGCUAUUAAACUAAAAGAUGAUAAAUUGCUAGCAGUUUGUCAAGGUCUGUGGAGUAGAUUGCAAUAUUUAUAUGAAUGUAAUAAACAACAUUAA